UUACAAAACUGUGCACAUUAACUUUACAGAGCGAGCGCUGUGAGCAGCCUGAUCCCUAUACCUCUAUAUCCUGACUCAUCCUGGAACUUGUUCCUCACAGAAUGGGUCUGCUCCUACCCCUGGUGCUCUGCACACUGGCUGCAUGCUGCAGGGCUAGAUCUGUACCCAUGCCACCGCCCCCCUUAUUUGUCCUCCCCCGUGGCUGCAAUGACUCAGAUGUUCUGACAGUCACAGGCUUUGCCCUUCAGGACAUCAACAGGGACCGAAAGGAUGGCUAUGUGCUGAGACUCAACCGAGUGAGCGAUGUCCGCGAACACAGACAGGUUGACCUGGGAUCUCUGUUCUAUCUCACGCUGGACGUGUUAGAGACUGACUGCCAUGUACUCACCAGGAAGGAAUGGAAGGACUGUGAGAUGAAGCACCUUCAUAGAUCGGUUUAUGGUCAAUGCAAAGCAAUAUUUUAUGUAAACAUGCCAGCAAGGGUUCUCUACUUACCCGCUUAUAACUGUACUCUUCGCCCAGUUUCUCAAAGAAAGAUUCACAGAAUGUGCCCUGACUGCCCCAGGACCACUGACCUGUCAGAUCCCAAGGUUCUGGAAGCUGCCCUUGAGUCUCUUGCAAAAUACAACAGUAAGAGCACCUCAAAGCAGUAUUCUCUCGUCCAAGUAAUCCAGGCUUCUAGCCAGUGGGUGGUUGGCCCUUCCUACUUUGUGGAAUACUUAAUCAAAGAGUCACCAUGUACCAAAUCCCAAGCCAGCAGCUGUGCACUUCAGCCCCAUGACUCUGAGCCUGUUGGUCUUUGCAAAGGUUCUGUGACUCAAGGAGAAAUAGAAAAGUUUGUCUCCGUGACUUGUGACUUCUUUGAACGACAGGUUCCUGCCCCCGGAGGGGAAGACCCUGCUGUUAACCAGGGACCUGCGCACCUCCCUGGGCUGGAAGAGUCCCAGCAGAAAAUCGUAACCCCUACUUCCAACUUGCCCCCCAAGGCUGUGCCUAAAGGAUCUGUCCAAUACCUACCCGAGUUGGAUGAUGAGAAGAAGCCCGAGGAUGCUGAGGAAAACAGCCCUGUUGAGGCCUUUCCUGUGAAGCUGGAUCUCACCACAAAUCCUCAGGGAGAAAGCCUGGAUGUGUCCUUCCUUUUCCUGGGGCCUGUGGAGAAGAAGCUGGUUGUCCUGCCUUUUCCCAAGGAAGGACAAUGCUCUGCUGAGUGCCCAGGACCAGCCCAGCAGGACAACCCUCUUAUUCUCCCACCAUGAGAACCACAUAGAGGAUUCCAUGGGGGUGUAGUGCUCUGCAGGAGAAGAGAGGUACUGGGGAAGGGGGGCAGAGAGACAGCUCAAAUGUAGAAGAGUGACAAAUAAAGUAUAUCUUUUGAUUCUU